AUGAUGGACAGCCGCAUCCUGGAGCAUCCCCAUGCCCAGUUCGGGGGUAUGGUGGGUUUCCCUUACCCGCUCGGCCACCACCACGUCUACGAGCUGGCCGGGCACCAGCUGCAGUCGGCGGCCGCCUCCGUCCCCUUCUCCAUCGAUGGAUUACUGAGCGGCUCCUGCGCCGCCUCCGUGGUCAACCCGGCGCCGCUCAUCCCCUCCGGCUGCGGGGUGAGCGGGGACAGCCAGCCCUUCAAGCUCGCAGACUCGGGUGACCCGGACAAAGAAAGUCCUGGCUGUAAAAGAAGACGAACCCGCACCAAUUUUACUGGCUGGCAGCUCGAGGAGCUGGAAAAGGCGUUUAAUGAGAGUCAUUACCCGGACGUGUUUAUGAGAGAGGCUCUGGCUCUCAGGCUGGACUUGGUGGAGUCCAGAGUGCAGGUCUGGUUCCAAAACCGCCGGGCCAAAUGGAGAAAGAAAGAGAACACGAAGAAGGGCCCGGGGCGGCCGGCUCACAACUCUCACCCCACGACGUGCAGCGGGGAGCCCAUGGACCCCGAGGAGAUCGCCCGCAAGGAGCUGGAGAAGAUGGAGAAGAAGAAGCGCAAGCACGAGAAGAAGCUCCUCAAAAGCCAGAGCCGCCACCUGCACUCGCCCAGCGGCCUCUCCCUGCACAGCACGCCCAGCUCCGACAGCGACAGCGGCGGCGGGGGGGGCCUCUCGCCCGCCCCGCCCGAGGCCAAGCCCCGCGGGCAGCCCCCGCCGCACCACCCGCCGCCCCCCGCCGCCGCCGCCCCCUCCGAGCCGCCCCCCGGCGCCUGCGACCAGGCGGCAGAGCCCUUCUACCCCAGCCAAAGAAGCGGGAGCGGGCGGCUCCAGCGCCCGCCCGACAAGGACUGCGCGGCCGCCCCGUCGGGGGACGGCAGCGGGGGCGCGGGGGGGCCCCGCGGCGCCGGCAGCUUCCACAAGCUCAACCCCUUCAGCGUGGAGAGCCUCCUCUCCGACUCGCCCCCCCGCCGCAAGGCCGCCCCGGACUUCCCCAGCCUCCCGCCCUGCGCCCCCCGCACCCUCAUCGGCAAAGGACACUUCUUGCUCUACCCCAUCACCCAGCCCCUGGGCUUCCUCGUCCCGCAGACCGCCCUCAAGGCCAGCCCGGGCCCCGAGGCCGGCCAGCCCCCCCGGGACUCCCCGCUGCCCGCCGCCAACCCCGGCCCGCCCGGCUGCAGCGCGGAGCCGGCGCCCGCCGGUGCCCAGCCCGGCCCCGGCUCCACGGACUCGGCGGCGGCGGCUGCGGCGGGGUCGGUGCCCCCCCCGCCGGCCGGCGCUUCGCCCCGCUCCGCGGCCGCGCACGGUGACCCGGCGGCGGCCGCCCCCGCGGAGGGCGGCAGCUUCCCCCGGCCCAAGUCGCCGGUCCGGGCGCGGGACGCCAGCACAGCCAGGGACAGAUCGGACUGCGGCCCCGCCGACGGCGAGGAGGUGGACAUGGACUGA